AUGUCUCAGUUCAUGUUCUUCCCCAACAUGCAUUGGCGCAACCUAGUCUUGAAUUUCCCGGAGAGUGACCAUCAUUCUCUGCCUCCUUCCUCGUGGAGAGUGACUCAGAAGAUUAACGAAAGCAUUAUUUCGUACACCCAGAAAGAAGCAGAGGAAACAAAAGAACUCCCUCUCGCCUGCGCAAAAUUCGAGUGUGAAACCCUCGAGGACUCCAGUAAUAAAGCUAUUCUUAUAGUGUAUAUGGAGAUCCCUUGCGAGGACACUGAAUGUGCUGCGGAGGGGACAUAUGAAACCCCUCUCAGUGUGCGAGUAGAAUUUACAGCCCACUAUCUGUUGACUCUUAAUGGCUGCAGGUAUUCUCCGGGAGCUAUCCAAUACAAGGAGGAAACUCAGACCUCCGGGGAUCGUCACGCCUUUAUGCCGGGUGGUAAAAUAUACUACUUGGUUAUUGGGCUUUUCUGGAACCUUUCACGUGGAGAAAGAGAUCAAAUUCGUCUUGCAUUUCAGGACGCAUAUUCGCUCUUUUGGGAUAAAGACUCAGGAAAAGUUUACAUUCAAGGCCCCUUUAAGCCUCUUGACCUAGCGAAUAUGGGAAUACCGCGCUCUGGGCAGCUGGAUCCUUACGGACCAAAGGUCCUGGAGAUUUGGGGGCUAGCUAUAGCUCCAAAAGGAACGGUUGAUUACGAUAUCCCUAUCGACUGCCUUGAACAGUUCGGUUGGAUUCUUUGA